CGCAUCGGCCGAACCAGGAUGAGGAGGAGCGCGCUAUAAGAAGACAAGCGACCCCGGGACAGCAUUCACACAGCAGACUCGACGAUGACGAAGAGAUGAGGAGAGCGAGAGAGAGCAAUGAACUAAGAAGAGAGAGAGAAGAGCGAUCAGGAUGACUUAUUUUGAGGCUGUGGCUUGAGCGCCCAGUGCGAGAGAGAGGGAGGGAGGGACGACCCGGCGAGUUUCAAGUGGCCGGGCGGAGCUGCUGCUUAUUCCAAGUGUCACAUUGAACACCUGAGCGGUCUGUUUCCUGCCUCAUCACCAUCCUCGUCCUUUUACUUGACCCCAAUGUCAUCAAUUCUACUUUGAGCCUCGAGAAGUCUGGAACAAGUCCCGACAGUCAGUGACGGAGACAUCCGUGACGCCUCAAUAUGUACCAGGGGCAUUUACAGGGCAAAGACUCUAGGGCUGCAGAUAAGACUGUUGCCAUGGUCCUGAAGGAGAUACCAAGUAAGGCGUCUUCAGAAGGCAAGCCCCUCCUCACGGUGACUACCAAGUUGGUGAGUGAGCAACAAGAAAGUCGCCCGCUACUGAGUCCAUCCAUUGACGAUUUUCUCUGCGAGACCAAGUGUGAUGGGCUUUCUCGCCCAGUGACUUCCAACACAGCAGUUCUCUCAUCAACAUUGGACCUACUGGAUCUCAGCGAGCCAAGCGAGCAGAGAAACAACAAAGACAAGAAGAGUCCUCGUUCAUCCCGUAGCGACAAGCAAAAAAGCCCGCACAGGAAAAAAAACGCAGAGACAGAGCUGAUCCAGGUGGAGCUGGAACAGAGCAUGCGGACAACAGAGAGAGCGUCACUGGACUCCGCUAUCACUGGUUCACCGUUGGAUAAAUGGGAAGAGUUGAACCCCAACCCUGAGAGAAACGGUAACAGAAAGUGGAAAUUGGAGAGACGGCGUUCAUCAAAAAACUCUUCAAAUGAAUUUCUAUGGUCCAUUGACUCUAAAACCCAAUUAGAGCCAUUGAAUAAAAACUGCGUGGAAGCAAACACCAAAGCAGAACCCGAGUCUGCCCUUGCAUCUCAACUCAACAGGCAGUAUAUUAGUGGAAGACAUGCUCGUCUAACCAAGGAUCAGCGGUGGGGCAGCGCCCUCCUUUCCAGACAUCAGUCUCUAGAAGAAGAGUUUGAGCGAGCCAAGGCUGCCGUGGAGUCGGAUACAGAGUUCUGGGAUAAGAUGCAAGCAGAGUGGGAGGAACUGGCUCGGCGAAACUGGCUGACGGAGAAUGAGCAAGCCCAGAUUCCCUCCACGGUCUCUCCUCAUGAGAAGGGUUACUACUUCCACACAGAUAAUCCCUAUAAGGACUUGCCUAAUGCGUUUGAUGAGGGGUUGAAGAAGUCUCGAGAAGGAGACUUGCCAAAUGCGGUGCUUAUGCUGGAAGCGGCUGUCUUGCAAGACCCUCACGAUUCCGAGGCUUGGCAAGUGCUCGGGACCACUCAGGCCGAAAAUGAGAAUGAGCAGGCAGCGAUUGUCUCCCUACAGAGGUGUUUGGAGCUCCACCCCAACAAUCUCACGGCCCUCAUGGCCUUGGCGGUGAGUCUGACCAACACGGGUAUGCGUUACGAAGCCUGCGAGGCUUUGCUCCGCUGGCUGCGGCACAAUCCGAAAUACAAACACCUCCUGAAAGGCAAAAACCAACUUGCGGGAUCCCCAAACUCCCAGCGCAGGAUGUCCCAGGCGCCCAACGUUGGCAGGCAUGAAAGCUCCGUGCUACCCGAGGUCAAGGAACUCUUCUUGGAGGCAGUCCAGCACAACUCGGACACCGUUGACCCGGACUUGCAGACGGGCCUCGGGGUGCUUUACAACCUCAGCAGCGAGUUCAACAAGGCGGUGGAUGCUUUCAACACGGCCUUGUCAGUGCGGCCUGAGGAUUACUUGCUGUGGAACCGGCUAGGGGCAACUCUGGCAAAUGGGGACCGAAGCGAGGAGGCGGUGGAGGCGUACACAAGAGCUUUGGAGCUGCAGCCGGGAUUUAUCAGGUCUCGCUAUAACCUGGGAAUCAGCUGCAUUAACCUCGGAGCACACAGAGAAGCGGCCAGCAACUUCCUGACAGCCCUCAGUCUUCAGCGGAAAAGCCGGAGUCGACAGCAGUCCCACCAGGUCAUGUCCGGAAACAUCUGGGCCGCUCUCAGGAUAGCUUUGUCCAUGAUGGACCAGCCUGAACUCUUCCAGGCUGCAAACAUCGGUGACCUGGAUCUUCUCAUGAAAGCCUUUAACUUAGACAUAUGAGGAAUAGUAAGGUAGUGACAACUGUUGUUCCUCCUCUUUCGUCUAGCCAGUAGCUCAAAGCCCAAAGCGGACACAUCAGAAUGCAUCAGAUGUAAGGCUGGAGAUUUUCCGUUUCUUUGUAUGCACGUCGUCCACCCCAAUUAACUUGGAGCUGUUCUGAGGACAGGUUCUUCCAAGUGACUGCUUUGUGACGGAUUUGCACAGCACCCCGAAGAGCACAAGGGUGGGCGAAGAUUGUACGAGCAAUGCCUUAGAGAAUUUUGUCAAUUAAAAACGGGCUCAGUCAUUGGAACAGAGCUGAACCGGGAGUGAUCUCACAGAGGGAACGUCAUGUACAGUUUGCUGUUUGCACACAACUGACGAGAUUUUGGGAAAACAAAGCUUUCGCUCAGAAAGACUCACGGGUGGAUUCAGUGAGCAAAUGAAAACAACUGCACCAUAUAUCCUGAAGUUCACAUUUCUCUUGCCGGCUUGGAAUAAUGCUCCCGCAUGACUUUUCAAAAUGUUUCCCUUUUUGCACUUGAGACAAACCGGUAACCUCCUCAGUCCAAGUGGAAUGUGCAAGCCAGGUUGUGUUAAGCCUUACUCAAAAGCAUGCCGACAAGAUUUAUUGAUACUAUUUUUAUGGCAACACAAAAACACUAAGCCAUUGCAUCCUAUAUAUUAUAUUACCAGACCAAUUUCACUUUCUUUGAUUUAUUGCUAUCUUCUGACUUGGAUUCUGUCUUUUUCUCAUUUGCCUGAACCUGUUCUUUUUUUCAAUCUUUGCUCAAUUUAAUGUAAUGAUGGUUUUCUGCUGAGCAUCAAUUUUGAAGAAAAAAAGAUUCAUCACUCCGUACAGUGUUUCAGCUUCUAAACCUUUAAACCUUUUCUUUAUAUUCAGGCAUCAUCCAACUUUUCCAAGCAGUGCAGUUCAGGUUUAGGUUUGGAGAUGGUACUGCUUGGUGGGAAUUAUUUUAGUUA